AGUGUCAAAAACACACAAUCAUAUGGUGUUGUUUUAAAAUAUUUGCGUAACAUUGCGGAGCGUUUAUCCGGAUUUCACAUAGAAAAUGAGAUAUCUUAUUGUUAGGUCAUUGUUUCGUGCGUGUAAUACCGCUAGUGCUCGACGGAUAUCAUCCGAAGCUUCCUCGUCUACCGCCAAAGAAAAAUGGGACAUUUUUGCUGGUGUUCUGGCGGAAAGGCUUCCAGUGAUAACCAAAACACUGACCCCACUUGAGGCCAACUUCAAGACAAUGCUGGGCCAAAUCGAGUUCGAAAAUAGUCUCAAAUCAAAUCAUGAAAUUCGUAAGGAAACGGAGAAACGACAAGUGGAACUACUGAAAGCUGGCAAGCUUGAUUUGGACUCGGAAGCAUUGAAGCAAACCGCUCAGGAUUUGGAGGAUGCAUACAACGAUGAGUUUAGCAAGUUUAAGCCAGCUCCGCGCAUUACCGAGGCCGACAAAAAGAACGACACCAAAUCACUGAAUCGCAAGCUGGAGGAAACACUGAUUUUACUAACGGAACACAAGCUGGGCGACAAAUGUUUAUAUAUAUUACCUCAGGGCAAACACGUAAAAGGUGAAUCCUUAAGACAAACCGCAGAACGAGUGCUAAAAGACGCUGGUGGCAAAGCACUGUCAGUAUCGUUCUACGGAAACGCUCCUAUAGGGUUCCACAAAUACAAAUAUCCAUCGACAGCACGUCAGGAAACUGUUGGAGCUAAAAUAUUCUUCUUCCGGUGCGUACUGAAACCACAAACGGCAAACAUAAGUGGAAAGAACGUCAAAUGGCAAUGGUUGGAUCAAUCUGAGCUACAGAAAACUUUGAAUGAGCACUAUUAUCAGAGUGUAUCACAGUUUUUGUUAUAAUUAUAAUAGUAUAUGAAUAAAACUCGCUUUUGCCGCUCGAGAA